AUGGCUGCGGCGGACCCGCCGGCAGGUCUCCUGGACAUCGCCAGGUACGUGCCAAGCGCGCGCGAAACUCCCGGACUCCACGAUCUGACUUCUGUUGCUAGUACUCUCUCCCCCGACGAGAUUCCAUCCAAGCUGCGAUGUGCCAUCUGCAACAAGCUGGCGGUGAAUGCGUUUCGCCUACCUUGUUGCGACCAGUCUAUCUGCGAAGCCUGCCAGACAACGCUCGUCGAUACCUGCCCGGUCUGCGCUCACACGCCCGUUUCCCCUGAUAUUUGCAAGCCAAAUAAGGCUCUGCGCACCACACUGAAGGCGUUUUUACGGACCGAGGAGAAGAAGCGUGAAAAGGAACGUCAAUCCGCUGCGACCCCCACUCCGGUGGCCGAGACCCCGGCGGAGAAUGAGCAUUCUUUUACAGAGGCUCGAAACGACCCGGACUAUGCCAGAGAUGCUUCGUCGCCCGUCCCCAAGACCCUUCUACAGCCGGAGGCGACGGUGUCGAACCAAGCUCACGCUGAAGGUGCUUCAGCCGGAAGUGCAGCACCUGAGACCGUGCCAGAAUGUAGCACGGAAUCCAAUGAGCCCGUUGUGGAGUCCAAGGCUAUCAAUGAACCUACAGAAACCGCCCCCAGCGAGCAGGGAGACCACGAAAUGACGAAUGGAAACGCUAUGGUCGAAGGCGAGACCAUUUCCGUUGCCCCGGAGGGACCGCUGCAGGGCCAACCCCAGCAAUCGAAUGUCAGCAUGAUGAACAUGGGCUCUGGGAGCUUCUUAGGCACGGGUUGGAAUGGGAUGAACCCAUACAUGUCCAACAUGGCGAACAUGUAUAGUUUUCCGAAUGCGAUGGGUACGUACGCCGAUUCAAACUGGUGGCCGUGGCGACGUACUAACCCGUAUUAUUAUCAAGGCAUGCCCAUGGCGAUGAACCCGAUGGCUGCAGGUCAAGGAAUGUUCGGAGGGUACGGAAUGAACAUGACUGGUAUGGGUAUGAAUAUGGGGGUGAACUUCAAUGGAUCGGGCAUGUAUGGAUCCUCAGGGUGGGAUGACUAUCAGCAAUCCAUGUGGCAAGGUGGUCAAGAUAAUUUCAAUCCAAAUGCGUUUGCAAAUGGCACAGGCCCUCCGCACGGAGGAGCAUUUGGCGGGUCUAAUAUGUCAUACCCUUCUAACUCGGACUACCAAUCUGGCUACUAUGGGCCGGAUUAUGGCCGUGGGGGAUUCCGUGGGGGAUUCCGUGGGGGUGGUCGUGGUCGUGGUGGCUUUGGAGGUUCUGGCCCGGGUUAUUCUCUCCAGAACGCUAACUCGGAUUGCCCCUCUCUAGCAGACCUUAACGGGGAGCCGACUGGUCCAGAUGGUGCUGUUACCAAUGGAGGUGAGUCUCAAGGGAACGAAGGCAAUACCGGACCGCCAGCAUCUGACGAUGCCGUUUCCGCGAUUGCUCACCCUGCAUCAGACGAACAACAAGCGGUAGGCGAACAGCUACAAGGAAUCCCCACCAUCGAUAGUCUGGAUCAGCCCGCCUCAAAUGGCCAUGGUCCGAUGGGCUCCGGCUUUGGCCGUGGCGGAUUUAGAGACCCUGCUGGCCGCGGCGGUGGUCCCUGGGGUGGCUCAAUGCACGGCUCAUACCAGCCUCCCAUGCCACCCAAGCCACCGGUCGUUGAAGGAGCACCGGCUGCUCCUCGAGGCAUGAGGCAAGGUCUACCCAAUACCAGUAUGCUACGCCAGCGCGGCUACCAACAGGGACGAUCACAAGGUAGCAAUGGUGCACCGAGCGUGUCCCAAAGGUCCGUAUCUGACACAAUCAGUCGACCCGAGACUUCCCACGAGAUCGGUCUUUCUUCUAACGCUGAGCACAGCGGGACCCCUGAACUUCCCAAAGAUCCGUCGCCGCCGGUCUCUCUAAGGUCGCCAUCUCGAACACAGCCAGCUACGUCUCGGUCUCGGUCUCGAUCCCCUGCUCCGAGCCGAGACUCUCAUUCUCGCUCGAAGAAUGACCUGUCUGACGAUAAUGAUUCGUCAAGCCGCCGGGAGCGUCAGCGUGAGCCCAAAGAAUCCGCCGGUGCGUAUGAAGACCGAAUGGAAGAGCACCGAUCUUUAGAUCGGCACCAACGCGACAGUGAACGGGGUCGACGAGAAGACUAUCGGGGACAUCGAUCACGUCGUCAUCGGACCCGGGAUGAAAGCCAUAGCCAUAGUCCCAGCCGCAACGGCGAUGGCCGCCACAAUAGCCGAAUUUCACGGAUCACGGGGAACCCCCUCAAAGGACAUAGAGCAUCCUCAGAGGCUGGCGAGUCCCGUGGUUUGGCCGACCGCAUUGGCAGCCGCCGCUCCAGCAAGGACCGUUCUGGACGUCGCGAUGACAAUCGUGAGCAUGGCAAAGAUAGAGACAGAGCCCGGGACAGUCGGCGCCGGGAGCGUGAUCGCCGUGGCCGCGAUGGAGAUGCCACUGAUCGUGAUCGUCGCCGGGACCGCGAUAGGGACCGUGAGCGCGAGCGCGAAGGCCCACGCGAGCAUGGUCGCGGACGAGAAGGCCGAAACCGAGAUAGCAAGAGAUCUCGUCGUGAUCGGUCUGAAUCAGCUCAUCUCAGCGAUCACACUUCCCGUCCACAGCCUCGACGUGUCAAGCGCGAGCCCGAAAACAAUCUUCUCAGGGAUUCUUCGCCCAAACCAGAGAAGGAAAAGGACCCCUACACCCUCGAGCGUGAGGCCCGCAACCGGGAGCGUCUGCUGCGCGAACAACAGAACCGUGGAGCCAAAUUUGAUCGGAAAACCAGCCGCCGCUGA